AGUACAUCUGGUACUCAUCUACAAGUUUUAAUCACUGUUGAAUUUACUCAUCGAUUAGAUUGGCCACUUUGUCAGUUUACUUUACCCUUGAGUUAAUGUUAGACCCUGGUUACUUAAUUCAUAUUUAUUGAAGACUGAUGAUACUACCCAGCUGCUCAGGCUAAAGAAGUUGGAGUGGGAAUUUGUGGUCGGCUAUUUUAUUCAGGCCAAAUUGUUUUGAAACUGAUAACGUAUUGUAUUUCUGAUAUUCAUCAAAAUAUGAGGGAUGACAGAAUUAGACCCAAUACUAUUUUGACUAAGAAUUUAAGUUGAUAUCUCAAAGAAAUAAUUCAAUUUACUACUCUAAGGUACAUAUUUUAUCUUAAUAAUUUGUGUCUUUUUUCCCCUGCAAACAAAUAUUAUAGAAAAGAUUUUCGAGUUAGUCGCUUACUUAAAAUAAAUAUCUAAAAAAUCGCAUAUGUGCGUCACUCUGUGCGUCACUGGUUCAACAGUAGAAUGCUCACCUGCCACACAAGAGAUUCGGAGUUGCCUCCUGGCUGAUGCACUUCUAAAUAUCGCCUAGUUUACUUUCCUACAGUAGGUUUAAAAAAAGAGGGAAAGUUAGGUACCGCACCCAGUGGUACUGAAACUUCAAAAGAUAGAGGCCUUAAGGGUCCAAUUUGAACAGAAAGAACUGAGAAAAUGUCACUUUUAAGCGUUUGUCUGUUACCACUCUAAUACCAGUAACUUCAUUCAAAUCCAUUCUCCAUAUAUCAACCGUACCUUUACCUUUACCUUAUACAUGUAAUUUUUAUUCAUGAAAAUCUGUUUAUUUCAUUAUAUGCCUAACUAAGUAUUAUGUUAUUUCUACAGAUCUGCCUAAUCUGUCCGUACAUAUCAAUUUAAGGAAACGCAAUGGAUGACUUCUAUAAUGAUUCCUUUGGUGACCAGUGUCUCAUGGAAUUGGACAUAAUCAAUACUGUAUCAACAGUAACUGAUACUAUUAGUGAACCAGUUUCACCGGCUAAGAAUAUUACAGUGAACAAUCAAUUGCCAGAGGAGAAUACACCGUCAAUACCAAGGAUACCUGACCAUUUCAUUGAUUUCCCUUAUCCUAAACCUUACACUCAACAAUUAGAAUUAAUGCAAACUGUAUAUAAAACACUUGAAACAACUUCUUGUGGUGUGUUUGAAAGUCCUACUGGUACUGGUAAAUCACUCAGUCUGUUAACAGCAUCACUACGUUGGCUAUUAGAUUAUAAUACUAAACAAUUAAUGCGUUUAGAUCACCUUCAAGGUCAAAUGAAAUCAAUGACAACUUCAAAUGACAAUAAUAAAGAGAAUAAUAAUACAACUGUUGAUGAUUGGAUAAAAGAUUUCGAAGUAAAUCGUCAAUUGAAACGACAGAUUGAACCACAAAUUGAAGAUCUCAUAGUCUACCAGUCUAGUUUACAGUUGAUUGAGAAAAUUAAGCUAACCAAGACUCCGUCUUCAUCAUUGUCAGCCUUACAACUUACUGAUCCUCCAUCGAAAGUUAAACAACCAGAAAGUACUUCUGAAACUGUUGACGUUGAAAAGUUGGAGAAUUUUAUCAAAGUGACUAAUGAAGAGGAUUGUGAUGCUUUGGACGCUGAUGAUGAUCUAUUUCUGUGUGAACAGAAACCAGAAGUAGAACAAUUUAAAUUACUUGAAGACAUAGAUGAGUUGAACGCCAGCGAAAAUGAAUUUGACCAGUAUUCGAAAAUUAAACAGCAGCCAGACAACGGUUUACUCCGUAUCAUUUAUUGUAGUCGUACACAUUCACAACUGGGACAAAUUGCUAAAGAAUUUAAUAAAUGUAAAUCUCUGUUUGAUAAAGUCACAAUGAUUCAGCUAUCAUCAAGAUAUUUAUUAUGUACAAAUCAACAAGUCUAUGAAUUAAAACAUUCUGAUUUAAUAAAUAUCGCAUGCCUUGAAUUAAAUCGACCGCGUAAUCGUGAUGAGAAACAAAUAAAAAAAUUCAAGUGUCCAAUGCAUAAUUUAUCCGCCAUAAAUAAUCUAGCUAAUUAUUUGUUAGUAGGCAGCAGUUCAGCUAUGGAUGUAACUAGCAUUAUAAGAAAUAAUCAAGAGACUAAGCCUUCUCGUACAUUGAAACCCAUGAACAGUAAUAAGAAUUCUCUGAAUAAUCGCCGUAAAGACCAUACAGAAGAUUUGCAGCUAUUAGAUUCUCAUAUCGGUUGUCCAUAUUAUGCUAAUCGUAAAGGUAUACCGUUGGCUCAGUUAAUUUUAGUCCCAUAUUCCUUGUUAUUACAGUCAUCAAGUCGUUCAACGUCUGGUUUAAAAUUGAAAAAUUCAAUUAUCAUUAUUGAUGAAGCUCAUAAUCUGUUAGAUGCAAUGGCGUCAUCAAUGUCAGUGAAUUUACUGUUGAUAAAUGAUUUGUAUAGAUUAGAAGAGCUGUUCACUGAUUAUUUAAAUUAUUAUCGUUCACGAUUGUCAACAUUUCUAGCCUUAAGAUUACGUCAAAUGAAACACUUUCUACACCAAUUAAAGGCAUAUUUAAACAAUAUACAUAAAAAUAUGCUGAAAACAUCAAUGUCUGCUGAUUCCUUCAUGAUGACUUCAUCUAACAAUAUUAUCAUUAAAACAGUGAAUCAGUUAUAUUCAGAAUCAAAUUUAGAUAAUAUAAAUGUUAGUGAAUUUAUAGACUGUUUAGAAUAUCAACAUUUUAUUAUGAAAUUGAUUGGUUUCUCGAAAUGGUCAAAUAGACGAAUAAAACAGACGAAUUCUUCAUCGAAUUCACAGCUGACUAAUAUUUUAGCUAGUAUGAAACGAAAAUAUCCUGGUGAUGAUAAAAGACAACUGGAGGAUGUCAAUCAAGUUAAUAUUGCGAAUAAAAGAUGUAAAAUGGAUAUCGAGAAAUCUGAAGGAAUUGGUUCUAGUUUAUUUAAAUUCCAUAGAUUUCUUCAGGCAUUAGCACAAUGUGAAGAAGAUGCACGUAUAGUUAUUGAAUUAUUCAAGAAUUCAACAAAGGCUGAUGAUAUAAAAACAUCUGAGUCUGGUCUGCCUACUUCAUCGAAUGUCAAUAAUACGAAAGAUAAUCAAGAUUUAUGCAUAAGUAUAAUAUUUUUAAAUCCUGGAAGGUAUUUAAAAGAAUUAGUACAAGAAGCAAGGUGUGUACUUCUAGUCGGUGGUACAAUGCAACCCUUUACUGAGGCCAUUGAACAAAUUUUUCUACCAGCUGGUAAACUAACCAGUCAAAUAGUCACCUUUGCAUGUGAUCAUGUGAUUGACGCUAAAACGCAAUUAGCUGUUUAUCCCUUAGGCGAAAACUGUCAAACUGACGGGAAAGUACUGUCUUUAGAUUUUACGUACCAGGAAUUCCCUUAAUUUUCCAGAAGACAUCUCUAAUAAACUAACUGUGCAAAUUCCUACGAGUAGCUGAUAUAUAUGAUCGAUAGUGGAAUCAGAACUAUACAAACCUAAUGCUCAGAGGAAAACAAUUCUAAUUGCCAAUCGCAAAGUCAACCACAACCAUAACAGAUUACCGACAGAUGAGAAGAAGAGAGAAAUGGAGAUCUUUGCUAUGAGAGCUUUUGCUGUCUGAAGUAACUGAUAAAACACUUAACAGCGAAAUUCAAUAUGUCGAUUUUGAGUGACCUUGAUAAAUGCUAAAUUUACUGGUAAUUUCAAUGUGCUACUAACCAAUGAGCGUUCGAUUUUCACAGAGAGUGGGGAUUAAAAGUGAUGACCCUGUAAAAUUGAGUUAUUUUAAGACUGAGCAAAAUUAGAGGUAUAUAAGAGCAAUAUAACUGUAUAUUCUUGGAUUCGAUCCAUCUGGUGAUUUCCUGGUAGUUCUAAAGUAAAACAAAACAUCUAUCCAGUGCUCUCUGGUGGUCUCCAACAUCUCUCAGGUUGAAUAGAAGUUUCUACAAAAGCUAUGUUUCGGUAGAAAUUCUUUAGUUUUCAGUAGUAACUAAUUAAGAAAACAAUGAGUAUUUAAAAUUGUUGUAGGAAAUUAAAUACCUAGGCAUCAUUCUAUCUGCUGAUCUUUCCUGGUCAUCUCAUUUCUUGAUGACUUCUAAGGAAAUAUUCCGUCUUACCUUCUACAUCAAGAAGUUAAGACAUUCUGGUAAAACCCAAC